GAAUGAGGCAAUGUGGUGGAGGCGGCCAAGGGGCAGCAGGAUGGCUGGCAGUGCUGGCAGUGUGGUCAGUGGGGAAUGUAGGGGUAACUGGUUGGUGAAAUACUAUUUGUGAGCAGGGCAGGGAAAGAACAGAGGCCUUGUGCAGGGUGAGCUUCGUGUUGCUAUGGGUGUCCCAGUUAAGAGAGGUUGACCUGUGAGAGCAGGAGAUGUGCCUGCUGGUGCCUUGCAGAGAGAUGAGGGAGCACAUGGCAUGGGACACAAAGCACCUGGAGAAGGCAAGGGCAGCACCUGGGCUCCUGGAGCUGCUGCAGGCUCCACCAGCGUGAACUGAUGGCUGGAGUGGGGGAGGCUGUGAGCGGAACACGAGGCAGUGCUCAGUGUAGAGCAACAGUGCAGAGGGCGGUUCACCCCGUGGGAGUUCAGUGGGACUUCCCGAGGUGCCCCACACCACCGCUACUGCCAGCACUGUCCGAGCCCAUCGAAAACCCCCACAACCCUGCGCUUCCCUUUCCCGUUUCACUUCCCCCGCUCCUCCAGCAUCCUCUCGCAGCAGCCACCCUUUCCCCGGGGCUGGGGCCGGUACGGGCCGGGCAGGGCAGGGCUCCUCCUCCCCGGGGGCGGCUCCGGGCUGCAGGUGGCUGCUCGGGAGCAGGAAGCUGCUACCGUUCGACUCCCGAUCCCCCUCGCGUGCGACCGCCGUCGGGGCAGCGGAUCCGGCCUCAGCGAUCCCUGGAAGACCUUAUUAUUUUUGUUUGUUUGUUUUCUGCCUAUUUUCUCUCCCCGUUUUUUUUUCCCCCUGACUCCUCUCCACUUGCACUUGGAAGGAUAGCUCCGGUUCCCAUCGCCCUUCGUGCUCCUGUAGCAGCAGGCCAGCUCCGGACGAGCCUCCCGCCCCGCCGCUGCCCGCCGGGGGUGGCCGCGAUGAGCGCCGCUGCGCAAACUGCGGAGCCCGACCCGCAGGACGGGACCCCCGGGCACUGCCCCGGCCCCGGCCCGGCCCGGGACGGCAGCCCGCAGGAGGAGUUUGAUUUCUCUAUUCUCUUCGACUACGACUACCUGAAGCCGAUCGAAGAAGAACCGACUCCACAUAAAACCAACAGCCCACCCUCUGGAGUUGCAUACGCUCAUGAUGUCUUGGACUGUGGCCUCAAGCCAUGCCCCCUGCCAUUUCCUAGCCUUUCUGCAGAUCCCAUGGGCAGAUAUGGACAGCCAGAUAGCAUAGGGACAGCACCUACACACCCUGCCAGCGCCGCAGGGGCCUCUGCUCCGAGUCCUAGGAUUGAAAUUACUUCAUAUCCUGAACUGAUUAAUUCAGGGGGUCCCUUCCGCAGCAGAGACACAGAUGUUCUUUUGGUAGAACAUCAGUCAAACUCAGCUACCACUAGCCCAAGGGUUACCCUGCCUGUCCCUGGCUUUGAGGGCUACAGAGAACCACUGUGUCUGAGCCCAGCUAGUAGCGGCUCUUCUGCAAGUUUCAUUUCAGAGACAAAUUUAUCUCCUUGCACAUCACCAUGUGUUUCACCAAAUAAUGGUCCUAGUGAUGACCUUUGUCCGCAGUUUCAAAACAUCCAUACUCAUUAUUCUCCUAGAACCUCUCCAAUAAUGUCACCACGAACAAGCAUCACGGAGGAAACCUGCUUGGGACAACAUUCACCAUCACCACGUCCCAACUCAAGGUCUUCAUCGCCAGGUGCAAAACGGAGGUACUCUUGCACUCAGCAGCCUUCCACCUCUCCACGACAGUCAAGGACCCCCUCUCCACAAUCCUCUCCGCGCAUCCCCCUGAGAGAAGACAGCUCUACGGUCACUUACACGCAGUUGUCCAGUGCUCCUCUUUCCAUGGAUGCUAUGAGCAGCCUUCCUACAGAUCCUUCCUGUGGUGUUCCCACCAAAAUUUGGAAAACCAGCCCUGACCCUUCAUCAAUGCCUUCCCACAAAAACAGCAUUCCGUGCCACGUCUUUCAGACUGUUGACUUCCAUGGGCCCUGCGAGCAGGAGGACAGGAGGAACUCAGCACCAGAAUCCAUUUUGUUGGUUCCUCCAUCCUGGACAAAGCAACUGAUGCCAGCAAUACCUAUCUGCAGCUUGCCUGUCCAGUCACUGCCGCCCCUUGAGUGGCCGCUCUCCAGCCAGUCCGGCUCCUACGAGCUCCGCAUCGAGGUGCAGCCCAAGCCCCACCACCGUGCACACUACGAGACCGAGGGGAGCCGAGGGGCUGUGAAAGCUCCGACUGGAGGCCAUCCUGUGGUCCAGCUUCACGGUUACAUGGAGAACAAACCUUUGGGUCUUCAGAUCUUCAUUGGGACAGCAGACGAACGGAUACUCAAACCUCAUGCUUUCUAUCAAGUCCAUCGCAUUACAGGAAAAACUGUCACCACCACCAGCUAUGAAAAAAUUAUUGGCAACACCAAAGUUUUAGAGAUCCCGCUGGAACCCAAAAACAACAUGAAAGCAACCAUUGACUGUGCGGGGAUUUUGAAGCUGAGGAAUGCGGACAUCGAGCUGCGUAAGGGUGAGACAGACAUCGGCAGGAAGAACACCCGCGUCCGGCUUGUCUUCCGCGUGCACAUCCCUGAGUCCAGCGGCCGCAUCAUCUCUCUGCAGGCAGCAUCAAACCCCAUUGAGUGCUCCCAAAGGUCUGCUCAUGAACUUCCGAUGGUUGAAAGACAAGAUAUUGACAGCUGCCUCGUCUAUGGAGGGCAACAGAUGAUCCUGACAGGACAGAAUUUCACAGCAGAGUCUAAGGUUGUGUUCACAGAGAAAACUUCAGAUGGGCAGCAGAUCUGGGAAAUGGAAGCAACAGUGGAUAAGGAUAAAAAACACUGGAUCAUGCUCUUUGUAGAAAUACCGGAGUACCGGAACAAGCACAUUCGCACACCUGUGAAGGUGAAUUUCUAUGUCAUCAAUGGUAAAAGAAAAAGAAGCCAACCCCAGCAUUUUACCUAUCACCCAGUACCAUCAAUCAAAACAGAGCCCAUUGAUGACUAUGAUCCAACCUUAAUCUGCAAUACAGUACACAGUGGCCUGGGAACAGUAACACAGCCGUACUAUUCACAGCACACAAUGGUCACCGAAUCCCCUUCCUGUCUUGUGGCCACUAUGGCGCCCUGCCAGCAGUUGCGCUCGGGCCUUUCUUCUCCUGAUUCUCGAUACCAUCAGCAGAACCCAGCUGCAGUAGUUUACCAAAGAAGCAAGAGCCUGAGCCCAAGCCAGCUGGGCUACCAGCAAUCCAGUUUGAUGGCUACACCUGUUGCUAUUUCAGAUGCCCAUAGGUCAGUGCUAGUGCAUGCUGGUUCCCCAGGCCAAACUUCAGCAGUGCUCCACCACUCUCCAGGCAACCAGCAGUCUUCUCCAGUGAUUCACUACUCUCCAACCAACCAGCAGCUGAGGUGUGGAAGUCACCAAGAAUUUCAGCACAUCAUGUGCUGUGAAAAUUUUACAUCCAGUGUUGCAAGACCAAGCCAGCCCCAAGUCAGUCAAGCACAAAGAUUAAGUCCGAGUUCAUAUCCUACUGUGAUCCAGCAGCAGACAGCUUCAGGCCAACGGGCAGCAAAAAAUGGACCACCAGUCAGCGACCAGAAAGAAGUAUUACCAGCUGGAGUCACUAUUAAGCAGGAACAGAAUCUGGACCAAGCAUACCUGGAUGACGUUAAUGAAAUUAUCAGGAAGGAAUUUUCUGGACUCCCUGCCAGAAACCAGACAUAGAAGAAGAUUUGUGAGACAACUUCAACCAAAUCCUUCCAUAACUGACCUCUUAGAUCCUUCCAGUGCCCCUGCAACCUCCUGCUUCCUUAACUGUUCAUCUCAAGGCACCAGUUCAAUGCAAGGAACAAUGUAUUGGCAUCAAGCUGACAGCCUUGACUAAGCAACUCACCACCUCUCUCUGUAAACAUCGAAAAGGGCACCCUUCCUUUCGUCCAAAGAUCGCAUUGUUCUCAUGUAACUGAGCAUCUGUCUGAGGAAACACUUCAAGCCUGCUGCAAAAAUCUAGCUACGUAUCGAUGCAUCUAUCUCAGUAGUAAGGGAGAAGUAAGAUGGCACUCCUGAACGCCACACAGAGCAAGGGAGGUUAUAUGUUAGUCUCUAUUUGGGUGGGGUGGGAAGCGAGGGAAGAAAGAGUAAUAUAUUGUGUGAAAGGGCAGCAGCACUGUGCAGCUCACUAACAAUGACUUGCCUUCCAGGUUGCAAAGCCCUUCUGAAAAGUUUUGUUGUAGGAAACCGAGGCAGCUGAAGUUUACUCUGCCUGUGUCCAUUCCGGAAGCAGAAGCUGUAUCAGUAUUUCGAGCUGUAGACUUCAACCGAAUGUGGGAGUUUUCUCCAUGUUUUCUUGUCAGAAUGGACAGGGAUUUGAUGGAGAAGGAUGCUCACAGAGGGCCAGUGAAAAGAGCAGUUCAGCAGCUGUUACACCUAUCUCAAGGUAAAUGGAACCCCUGUAAACAGAGAUGAAUGCAAAGGAGUCCCAGUAAACACCAAGAUUUGAUGACCCACCCUCAUUUAGGCAGUGUGUCAGCGCAUCUUACAUAUUUUCUCUCUAAUGAAUUGCUGCUGUUUCUUCUCACAUAGAACCCGCUGUUGACUGGUACCUUGUCUCAUGUAGCAGCUGUAAUGUUUAACCACACGAGCUGCACAGGAGAAUAAUUGCAUAUCACAGAAGCUGUACGUUCCAGAAAAUGUAUAUGCUUACUUAUAGAUCCUUUGUCUCUUUAGCACUGCAAAGCUACCAGCAGCUUCGGGAAAGGUUAAAAUUCCAUGUGAGUUAGCGUGUUAUGUUUUGCUUUGUGUGUCUGACUGUAAUGUACUGACAAAUGCUUAUCAUGGUAAGAGCUGCCUGCAGCCUGCAGCCGUACAGCGAGCAAGUUUGUAAUGUCUCAGUGCAUCCCUGUUACCCCAGUGGGAUGAAAGCACACCUGGAGUGGCUGAUCUCUGCAGUAAGAGGCUGCUGCACUGUGGGCAGCAAUGGUUUUGUGAAUGAGGAAAGCUGUACUGUUAGGGCUCUGAGCCUGAGCUCUUUGUAGAAAACACAGCAGACCUGCCCUGUUCUCAGCUGCUUCCCAGCAGAGUUCAGCAGUGCCCACGUGCUCACAGCAGCCACUGGGUUGUGUGAAUAUUGAAGACCAGCAGAGCAGCUGCCUGGUUUGCUCCCCCGUGCUGCAAGAAAGAUGCUUGCACCAAUCCCACGGGCUGCAGGAAUAGAACUGAGGCUGCAGUGCCUUCUGCAUAGUUCAGUGACUGGCUGUUAAACAGCACUUACACUGCACAGCUGGUUCACACGCCUCAGAUGAGCUACUUAGUGCCGUAUUGCUGGAGUCUGCCAUCCGUUGUGUAUUUUUAAUGCAUUUUAUGGAUUUUUCAUUUGAAAACUUUCUAAUGCCAACAGUUGCCUGACAGAAAUUCUUUACUGCAGCCGAGCAAAAGAAGAGCCCAGAUGGGUCUCUUGGCUUGGAAGUACCAGAAGCGGCCAUCUAGUUUUCCCUGAUCCGACCUGUGAGGGUAAGGUAGGAGAAAUGAAAAAAUAAAAGCACAAAGCCAUUGACAGCAAACCAGGGUCCCCAGGUUACCGACAGAAAGCUUUCUUCUGCUGGAUCUCAAAUUAAGAAUCAAACCCUGCAGGGUUCCUGAGCAGGAUGUGCCCUUACCUGAGCAUGAACCGGGGGGUCGGUUGUGUGCUGCUCUGGGGUGUUCUUUUGGGCAGUUUGCUUUGGAGAGCAGGAGGGUGUAUUUUAUAUGUACGUUUAAUAUAUGCUACAAGUGCUUUACUCAUGCUUGCACUAGCUGUAUUUCCUCCUCAUUUUUAAAGGCAUAGAUACUAAUCUGGAUGUGUGUUAUUGUAGGGGCACAUACACGUCUAUCUAUAUACUAUAACCACGUAAGUGUAGAUGGUUAUAUAUAUAUGUAUACACAUCUGUGCUUCUCUCUGAACACACACACCAGUCCUACAGCUGGCUGCAGCCACACAGACCUGCUGCCACACGGAGCCAGCUGCUGGAGCGAGGGUUCGUAUGGUGUACAUAAUACAGACUACAUUGUAGUGGUUUUAUUUACAGCUACGCCAGGUCAGGCUGUGCUACUCUCACCUGCUUUUACAUCAACUGUUAGUUGCAUAGAACAGCUUUUAACCACUUCAUAUUUAUUUCCGGAGAGGAGCAUCCUCAGACAUAGCAUCACACGUCGUUGCCUCUUUUCAAAAGAAAACAGCUAUGUUACAGCUAUAUAGCAAGGCUGAAGAACUUCAGAAUAUGCAGUACUAAAUUAUUUCCUGUUCUCGCUGAGCAGUGUUCCUCCAGUAUUAAUCUUUGUGGCAUAACACACCUCGCUCCCUUUCUGUACAAGCAUUAGAUUAACCUCAGAAGAGUUAAUGCCAUUCCGUGAGCAAUUUGUUCUCACUUUAUCUGGAAGAUAGCCAUAUUUGCACAUGAGGAAAUUCUGUCUUUCCUCAGUUAUCUGAAUGUUUCACCACAGUGCCUUCCUGCCAUUGUACCAAAGGCCUCCUUGUGUGCAGGGUGAACAACUCUAAUGCAUUUUCCAUCAAAGUUAUACCAUGCGAAGUACGUGGGGCUCAUUGGAACUCAAAGUUCAUCUCUUUCUUUUUUUCUGUGCGUGUGUGCAUUUUUUUCCUUCAUUUUUUCCAUCCGAGCUUUGGCUGCAAGUACAGGAUGAGCUUCUAUAAACGUCUGCAUCAAAUAUAUGAAUGCGUAAAAUAAAACCAUCGUUCAUGAUGUGUAAACAGUCUGAGAGCGGAAUGGGAGUGGACAGAUACCAGGGAGAUGUUUCUGUGUCAGUUGUGAGUGUUGGAAGCACAGUUUGCCAGGAGAGGAAUUGCUCGUGAAGAUGCAUUGAAGUACAAAGUCCCGUUUUUGUUUUUCUCCAUGAGAAUAAGCAAAGUGGAAGAUCUGAGCUGCGAUGGGAUGAAGGUGUCUAAUGUACGUGUUUUUAUUGGGAGAAAGAAUGUAGAAGAGCCAUGGGUUUUGCACUUGCUUUAUUUGUAUCCAUGUAAAUAUGUAUCACUUCCAUUCUUCCUGUAGGGAUACGGCAUUUUCUGAAUGUAGGAUAUUUCCAACAACAGCACUAUGUUAUUCUCUAUUGUAUAAAAUGCUGCUGCUUGAUAACGUAUCUAAAACAGUUCUCAAAUUAGCUAGCAUGUUUUUAAAGUGUAUUUUGUAAACCGUAUCUUUACCAAACAAAGCAUCUGUGCUUUUGGUCUGGCCAAAUAUGCAACGCCUUUUGGAGUAAGGAUGGUAUUUAUAAAGGAUGGAUCUUUGUUUCUUGAUUUUCUAUGCAAUUGUUGUGGAAUUGUUAUUGCCCCCAAAAGUCGUAUUGGAUCCAUUUUCCAAAGACUUCAAAGACAGCUUUAAACACUUCCAAGGCAUGUUUCUAAAUAUUUCAAUCUUUUUGUCCCCAUGUUUCUUUCCAAAUUGGUUUUUAAUAGGGAACAAUUAUCUGCCAGAUGGGAUUCAAGAAAAUGGCUCUCAUCUUAUUUUCAGAUCUUGAGUUGAUUCUCAUCCUCAUAAAGUUUACGCCCCGUGAAAUCACCUGAUGUUCCCGUUUACCUGCAGUUCUCCUGGUUACGUACAUGAACUGCAGAUUUCCCAGAAACUGACUGUUUUCCUCAUUGUUUACAUCACACUGAUUUCAUACGUGUGCAAGUGGCGCAUCACACGGCGCCCGCUGUGACACACGGGGAGUUGUCAUCCCUUGUUCAUCUCAGUUCAGAAUGCGUAACCCACCUUUCUGGAUGCUGGCAUCUGUCCUUCACGUCUGCUACUUUUAUCAGAGCAGCAGGUGACAGCCAGUAAGAAUCUCUUUAACAACCAGUCAGUAUCUCACCCCUCUGGGCUGUUUAAGAUUUGUUUCGCCAUUUUCCUUGUUCCUGGUGUACAGAAAUAAAUAAAUUGGGACCAAACCAACAUCACAGUGCAAAUUGGAAGUGAAGAUGCUGACAUUCUGAUAGAUCAAACAAGUGGUCACCUGGGGAAAAAGUUCAUGUUUCUUUCCAAUAACUCUUUUAAAAUAGCCAGAUGGGGCAGAAAGUUCUAGAAUGGCUGAGUCACCAAAUGAAUAAUGUUCCGUGCCAUCCCCAGCUGUUCCCCCAUCCUCCACAGCUGCAAGGACUGAAGUGCUGCCGUUGUAGCAGAGCUCCAGCCCCAGUACACAGCAGCGUGGUGAGAGCUGGGGAUGCACACAGGGGUAACUGCUGUGGCCUGGCUGGGACCUGUGUGUGAGUGCAAGAUGACAAUGUGUUCCCCUGGCUCAGGAUGCCCAGGUCUCCUUGCUGACACUCCCUGUGUCCAGGAAAAGCCCUGUUAGCAGAAAUACAUGCAAGUAAGCAAUCAUCUCUCAGAUCAUUCUAGCAGAUGUCUUUUUAAUCAAACUGCUCAAAAUUCUAACUUUAAGAACUGAAAAAGAGUUCAUAUCAUUUACAUUCCUACAACAACAUGGUUAACCUCCAAUGUAAUUUUUUUUGCUAUUGUCUGUAAAAUAUUUUUAUAUAUUGCCUGUACUGUGGUAGUUUAGCAAUAAAUGAGAGGAUAUCAUCUGC